AUGAAUUGCGAAAAGUUGUACGAUAAGAUUUUAAAAGUUAACUCGACCAUAUGGGUGUUCGGUUACGGAUCGCUGUUGUGGAAACCCAACUUCGAGCACAAGUCGAGACGGGUGGGUUACAUCCGAGGGUUUGUGCGAAGAUUUUGGCAGGAAAACACAACGUACAGAGGAACACCGGAUGCGCCUGGACGUGUGGCCAAUCUGGUGGAAUCAGACGGGGGAAUUGUGUGGGGAGUCGCCUUUCAAGUAACUGGGAAGGAACAAGUGACCAGAGCUCUAGACCACCUCACUAACCGGGAAUGCACGAAUGGCGGCUACACGAGCCUCGUGACGACAUUCUACCCCCGGGACAAGAACAAUUGUGUUCCCGUCCUGGUGUUCACGGCCACUGAAGACAACCCAUUUUAUCUUGGAGACGCCGAUCUGCCUCAGAUGUCCAAGCAGAUCGUCACCGCCAAAGGGCACGCCGGCAGCAACGUGGAGUACGUCACGAAAAUUGUCGAUUACGUCCGAAAGCACAUUCCGGAGGACAACGACGAGCAUCUGUUUGACCUUGACGCCAAAGUUCGCAACGACUUGAAGACGCAACGAUUGUGUUCUCAUUUAUUAAUGCUUCAUACCCACACAAAAACCACACGUUUUUGUCAUUAAAUGAUCUUGAACGGUUGUGUUGUCACCUGCUGACGAUUCACGCCGGAAGUUGGCACUGAUGGUCUUUGGCCAGAAAUUUAAGGAAUGUCACGGGGAUCCUAUAAUACCCGUAACUGAAUGAAACACGAUUGUCCAAAUAUCUCUCCUAACUGUAUAUCUAUUAGAUCUCUCUGUAACGGGCGGUUAUACCCGCUGG